UAUUAAACCACUAUUAUAUGCAAUUGGAAGCUAUACCUUAAUACAAAUACUUUUGUUGCUGAAAUACAGAUCCCUUCCUCACUCAAUGUGCAUGCAUUAACCCCUAAAUUUAAUGACCAGAAACCCUGACUCCAUUGUUUGAUGUCUUUGUUCCUGUUAUGAUAACCUCGUAUACCAUGUCUCUGUCCUUUAUCCCUUUUCAGGAAAUGAGUGAGGACGCAAACGGAGAUGGAGGUCAACCUAAACGCCCAGUUCCUCGUCUGAAUGAGAGGAUCCUUUCAUCACUCUCAAGGAGAUCCGUUGCUGCACAUCCUUGGCAUGAUCUUGACAUUGGACCUGGAGCUCCUCAAAUUAUCAAUGUUGUUGUUGAGAUUUCCAAAGGAAGUAAAGUCAAAUAUGAACUCGACAAGAAGACAGGGCUGAUAAAGGUUGAUCGUGUCCUAUACUCAUCGGUGGUUUAUCCUCACAAUUAUGGAUUCAUCCCCCGCACACUAUGUGAAGACAAUGACCCAAUGGACGUUUUGGUCAUCAUGCAGGAACCAGUUGUUCCAGGUGCUUUUCUCCGAGCCAGGGCCAUUGGACUCAUGCCUAUGAUUGAUCAGGGAGAGAAAGAUGACAAAAUCGUCGCAGUAUGUGCUGAUGAUCCAGAGUAUCGUCACUACACUGACGUCAAACAGCUUCCCCCUCAUCGUCUGACAGAGAUAAAGCGUUUCUUUGAAGAUUACAAAAAGAACGAGAACAAAGAGGUUGCAGUUGAUGAAUUUUUGCCUGCAGAAACUGCUCAUGAAGCUAUUCGGUAUUCCAUGGACCUUUAUGCUCAGUAUAUCAUGCAGACUUUGAGGCGAUAGGAGUACUGGGUGCAAUCAUUUAUCUGAAAUAAACCAUUCAACUUAUUGAAAGGAAAUGAAGAGAUUACGAAUUUCGUCAAUAAAUUUUGUAUUCACAGCUAUGCUGAUGUUUUUAUUUUGGUUAAACAACUCUAUGGAGUGGGAAAAAAAGUUAUUUUUUUGUUUAAUUUGGUUCUGCUGAAAUUCACAUUGGAUUUGUAACCUGGAGAUUGACACUUUAUUAUGUCAAUCUUUUUUAAGCUUAUGACUUAAU